CUCUGGAGGUUCAAGGCAGUGGGGUGGGUGGCGUGCAGCUUCUUUCUGCGUUUGACUACCGGGAAUUUUAACGGGGCGAUUAUUGGAAUAUUCCAUCGCGCUUGGUUUCCGGCCGUCUCAAACAGCAUCGGUAGCCGAAUUCCCCGGUCGGCAGUUCUUCAGACACCUGAACCCUUGCACUGCUUCGUCCGGCGGGGCCCUCAGACUCGAUUCGCUUCCCGAAGAAGACGUCUGCGGCGGCCGUUUCCGUCCGAACGGCCAUGGAGUCCGAGGGGGAAACCGUCUGACGCCACGCAAGUCGCUGCCGUGGACAGCCCAGCCAUGGCGAUGGAAGAUGAGAUGCAGGGACUCAACGUGGAGACGUCGCUGCUGUCGCUGCCGGACGACGACCUGCUGAGCGUGCUGGAGUACCUGAGCACGCCAGACCUGCUGUCCUGCCGGGCGGUGUGUCAUCGCUUGCGGGACGUCGCUCUUCGGCCGGAGCUGUGGCGGCGACGCAGCUUUAACGUCGGGCGAUGGCGGCCUUGCUUUGUCUUCGGGCUACGCGACCUCCCCACGAGAAGCCUCGAAGCCGCCGUCCUGCGCGUGGCGCCGUGCGCCUCCAGCCUGUCCAUGUGGUUUACAGGCAACAGCCACGCGCUCGGCCCGCUGGCCGCCACGACCAGAUGCGCGGCGGCCGAGCUGAUCCUCGAGGUGGACGACGACCCCGCGCGGCUGGCAGCGGCCAAACUCGCGAUCCGCAACCAGGCGGCGCUGGGGAUGCUGAAGAGUCUGGAAGUGCGCUUCAAGGGCAACGACGGCUUUGACGACGGCCUCGCCCUCGCGGACCUGCUGGCGGAGUCCUUCUCUACCCAGGGCCUGGCCCGGCUAUUCGUGAAGGUAGACUGGGAGGUGAUGUGGCCCGUGGGGGCUGAGCCCGCGCCGCUGAUCCCGGCAUCCAUCAAGGAGGUGACCCUCGAGGACGUGGACCCCCGCUUCGUGCACUGCGUGCUGCGCUCGCACGCCGCCUCGCUGCAGGCCGUGACGCUGUGGGUGGACUGCCGGGGCGUGGCGCCGCUGCUGGCCGCCAUCCCCGGGCUGCGGCACUUGGUGUGCCCCGUGAUGGAGGACCUGCACCUGGUGGCGAAGUGCGCGUCGCUGCGCUCCCUCCAGCUGUCCGUGACGCACUGCCCCGAUGAGGCUACGUUCCAGGCCACGGCGGCCUUCCUGCGCGCCGCCACGCAACUCGAGGAGCUGGAGCUCGAUCUCGUCUGGCAUCAUUACUCCCUCCCCUCGGAGCAGGGGCUGCUGACGGCGCUGGCGUCCUCGGGCCGCGCCGCCCUGCGGAAGCUGGGCCUCGCAAACUUUAUUGAAGUCAACGUCCGCCUGGAGACGGAGCUGGCCUCGGCUCUGCCCGGACUGCCCGCCCUGGAGUGGCUCGUCCUGCCCCGCCCUGUGUCCCGGCGAGUCCUGGCCGCCAUCAACCCCGGCAGUUUGCCUCGUCUUCGCGGCCUCUGCAUCCCCGACUGGAGGUCCGAGGUCGGGUGCGCGCACGCCGUCAUGCACGAGCCGGACGUGAGUCGCGUCCUGGCCAGCUACAGCCGCUUCUUCCUGGUCGUCAACGCCCAUUUGUGCUGGGAGGAGCGGCAGUGCGAGUACUGCGCCAAGGGCUGCCACGGCGUGCCCUGGCCAUCGGGCGAGUUAGAGGUGGGCUUCUACACGCACGAAGCGCCCGGCAAGGAGGCAGUGGAUGGAUUGAGAUGGGGGGGGACUUCAUGUAAGCUGUGGAUCAAAGCGUGAUGCGAUGGCACUGUUCUCGCACUGAGCACAUGAAUUAGUUAAUACAGGUGUGGGGAGUUCAAUAGCCUUGAUGUUGGUCACAUGAGCUAUUGCAUGGCUGCCGUGUGCGCUGUGACUGACACCUUCUGGCAAGCUAAUUGUUCCACCGUUAGAUGUUUGAGGAGGAAAGGCUCAAAUCCUUAAAGCCCGGUAUGUGAGAAACUUUUCUUCUUUACGUCCUGUUCGUUGUUCAUGUGAACCACUUUUCAAAGCUGUAUUUUAGCGCCAACCUUUAGGCACUAUCUCAAUUUCGGCCACCUGGAGGGUGGUUACGUUGCCUGUGGAAAAUGGGAAGUGGAAUUGUUGUUUUUCUUAUCCCUCCGGCUCGGUCGGUACAGUACGGUACAAAUUAUAAAUGGAAUGGUUGUUCGUUUAAGUAAAUCUGCUAUAUAAAUUAAGUGACCAGGAGCGGUGUGUAUCUAAACAUUUUUUUACUUGUGUUCCCAUUAAAUGACAAAUACUCUUCGAAAUCAUGUCACUGCGUUCCAUAUGGAGGGACAUAUUACUUUUGUAGAAAAAUCGGGUAACCAAUCGAUUUUUUUCAGGAAACGUUCGUUCCCUGAUUUGCAGCAACGGCACGGCCGUGUAACUGGAAAAUGUAGAAAAACUUGUAUUUUUCUGUGUCAACAUAGCGCAGUAAAGAAUUUUAUAAGUAGUUCAAUUUA